AUGCCCAUACCAAACCUACCAGACGACGUGCUGCUGCUCAUUCUGCAGCUGCUCGACCUGUCCGAAUUCCACGCACGGUCAGCUGUGCUCUACCCACUCCUUCCGCUCGCACUGUAUCUCGUGUACUCACUUGUGUACGCGAACUUGAGGUUGGCAGAUACGGAUCAUGUCGCGCUCUUCCUCGCACAUGUCCGGAGACGGCUCGCAGCCCCAGCAGCUGGAGAAGAAGCGACUUGCCUAGCGGGGACGAGGAGACUCAUGCUCUGCCUACGGGAUAGACUCAGCCCUUCAGCAUACGCGGAUAACUGCUUGCACUCCCUCUUCUCCCUUCUGCCAAGGUUAAAAGUCUUCAAAGCGCUCGAGGCGUUCUCCUCCCGUGACCUGACCGCGCUUAACCAAGCUUGUGGAAAGACGCUCGAGUCCCUCGAGCUGGUUCUGGCGUCUGACUCCCUGGAUCGACCGACGAUCUCCAGCUUCUCCACUCUUGCACGGCUCAAAUCGCUUUCGGUUACCUUCUACGGCAGAGGACGCGACGUCAGAAUCGAAUUUACAGAUCUGGGGGUGCUUCUGCCCCAAGUGACGUACCUCAAGAUCAUGUUCAUUGAAUGGCACUGCUCGGCCUUGGCAUUCUUCUCAGCCCUAACCUUUCCCUCUUUACACUUUCUUUCUCUCUCCGAUACCGACGUGACGAGCCACCCGGUCCUGCAAGCAUUCUUCAGCCGACACCGCGCCGCUCUAGAGAUACUCGAUAUGGAGACACGCCCCGAGCCCAUCUGUGCAUGGUCUUUCGAGGCCCUUCACACCUUUUCAAGCCUGAAGAAGCUCACUCUGCGCUGGGUGCCCGAUCCGGGGUUUUGUAGCCAGAUUCCUGCAGCGCUGGAGGAGCUCUGCCUACCGCUGUUUUACUGCAGAGGCAGACACACCAUCCGCACGACAGAGAUGGCAAGCUACGCAAAACAAUGGAAUUUCCUGGACAUCCUCCGUGCCAGGGCUCCACGGGCGCUCAAGAAGCUCUCGGGGAGGAACGUAUACGUUGGACCGUACUCGACCUUGCUCGAUUGGACCAAGCUGCUCGAUCAUGGAGAUCUUGUUGUCGUCAGGCGGUUCAUGUUGCUCGCCGCGGCGUUGGAACAGAAGAACAUCGAGUUCUUGGACUGGAAGGGCGAGCGCUCGCCGAGGAACGCGAGAUGGUCAACAGAAAUAUCCAUCGCGAACCAAGGAGAAUCCAAUCAACCAAGGAGGGUGGUAGUUUUGCGGUACAGCAAAUGA